AUGAAGCGUCAAAUCUUCAGUCUGAAUCAUCCUCACCGUCUCCAGAGGAAGAAAGACGUCUUUACUGAAGUGUCCCCACAGUUUAUGUGUCCACACCGAGACGACAGACUGAAACCAGCUCGGCUUCAGACUCCAGGACAGAUCUUUAAGAAGGAGAGAAAAACCACAGAGGACGGACAGACAGAAGAGGACAAAGAGGAUGGACAGACAGAAGAGGACAAAGAGGAUGGACAGACAGAAGAGGACAAAGAGGACGAGUAA